AUGGCGAGCGCCUCCAGCCAACGUCUCCAGUUCAGCGCGAUGCGGACCAGCACUUUCUGGCUCGCGCUCUCCGCUGCCGCGCUCGUGGGCGCCAAAGUCCCGCGCGUCGGCAAGCCUGGCACGAAACAGGCGCAGCGCUCAUCGGCGAAGCGCCCGUCCGGCUCGCGCGACUCGACGUCCUUCACUGGUACUGGUUGGCAAGCCAAGGCGCCCUCGGCAUCAGCGCCCAAGUCAAACGUAUGGGCGCAGCUUACCGACGACGAGGCGGCCGACAUCGUAUCCUACUUGCACAACCAGACCGCGCUCAACCUGACAGCGUCUUCGGAUGCGGGAACGUGGGAUAAUGCCAUCACCGUUGUAGACAUCCUCCGCCCGAACAAGACGGAUGUGCUCGCGUAUCUGGACGGAGAUGGUCCGGCGCCGGAGCGUUAUGGGCGCGCGGUGAUCUACUUCGGCGCCACGGAGCAGCCUUGGAUGCAGGAGUUCCAGAUUGGACCGCUGCCUAUCUCGGACAACUCGUCGUACUUCUCUCUCGACUGGGCCAGUACGAAGGGCACCGCAGUUCAGCGCGACUUCGACGCCGACGAGGAUGUUACAUAUGAGUUCAUGGUCAACGUUUCUAUCUCGGUACAGGACAUCAUUCAGGAUCUUCUCAACGGCACGGUCACCGGAAGCGACGACGACGACUUUGACAUCUGGGGUAUUGACCCUCUUUGGCACCCGACGCCCGAUACAACGGUCCAAUGGGUAACAUACUGGGCUAUCCCGAGCGGCGACAAUGCUAUUUUCGACGGCGAGACUCUUCUCCCGCAGGGUCUCUAUUUCGAGAUGAACUCGACGGGUCGCGAUCCUUCGCAGUGGUCCGUCAUCGGUUGGCUGUGGGCGAACACCUACUACAACAGCACCGAGACGUUCCGCGCCGCUUGGGAGGCCGGCGAGUUGCCUAAGCUUGAGGCCAACCUCCAAGGCUCGUGGAUCGGCACAGACUACCAGGGCCCCGACACUCUCCUCGGAGCUAACAGCUCGAUGUGGCGCGACAAUGUGCCGCCCCCAGUCAGUGUCCCGGUCGGUGGUGACGACGGCCUUCGCUACAAGGUGGAUGUUGAGGACCAGUAUGUCGAGUGGAUGGACUUCUCGUUCUACGUCAGCUUUUCGCGCGACAGCGGUCUUCGUCUCUUUGACAUCAAGUACCGCGGCGAGCGUAUCGUUUACGAGCUUGGCCUGGAGGAGGCGAUUGCGCACUACGCUGGCAAUGACCCCACUCAGUCCGGAACUGCUUACCUUGACACUUUCUACGGUUUUGGUCCUUACGCCUUCGAGCUUCUCGCAGGAUAUGACUGUCCCACGUAUGCUACGUUCCUCAACACGAGCUUCCACGCCGACGAGGUCAGCAAGACGCACCCCAACUCCAUCUGCAUGUUCGAGCACGACAUGGGCUACCUCAUCCAACGUCACUCGAACGAUGCUUACCUCGCGACAACGCGCAACAUUGCUUUCACCGUGCGCUCGGUUAGCACAGUUGGCAACUACGACUACAACUUCGACUACGCCUUCUACCUCGACGGCACCAUCGAGGUCACCGUCCGCGCUUCCGGCUACAUCCAGUCGGCGUACUACUAUGGCAACGAGGAAUACGGUUAUAAGAUCAAAGAUGGCCUGUCUGGCUCGAUGCAUGACCACUCGCUCCUCUUCAAGGCCGACAUCGAUAUCCUCGGCACGAGCAACUCGCUCGCGAACCACACCAUCUACCCUGUCACUGAGACUUACCCCUGGUCGCACGGCGCUACGCGCAGCACGAUGAAGCUCGCUCGCUCUUACGUCGAGUCCGAAGACGAGGGCAAGAUCAACUGGGCAGCCAACGCGCAGACUAUGCUUAUGGUCGUGAACACGGAUGAGCCCAAUCCGUUCGGCGAGGACCGCGGCUACCGCAUCAUGCCCGGUAUUGGUGGCGGCAUGUAUCUCACAAUCCAGAACUCCAGCAACUUGCUGAACUCGCAGAGCUUUGCGACGCACAACCUCUACGCGACUGUUCAGCACGACUCUGAGCCGCGUGCGACCCAUGCUCUCAACGAUUACGACACGGCCAACCCCGUCGUUGACUUCUCCAAGUACUUCGAUGGCGAGUCGCUCAACCAGACCGACAUCGUCCUCUGGUUCAACCUUGGCAUGCACCAUGUUCCGCAUACGGGUGACCUUCCCAACACCGUCUUCAGUACCGCUCAGGGCUCGAUGAUAAUUACGCCGCACAAUUACCUGCUCCACGAUCCUUCGCGCGACUCGCGUCAAACUGUGCGCCUGGAUUACAACAGUUCUGGUGUCCAAUCGGUCAAGACCUUCGGUGCGGAGGCUGCCAAGGGCGGCGCGAACCUCACCGCCACUGUGCCCGACUUCUACACGUACCGCGGAGACAUCGCGGUCCGCAAGUUCCCGUACGACCCACUUCACCCCUACAACGACACAGAGUCUAUUGUUUGA